GUUUGAACCACAAUCGAAACCAUCUUCGUCAUUCCUUACACUACGUAUUUGCCCAUUUUCCAUUUUUCAUGUUUCAACUCCCAAGCCCACUGAAGUCCACUCACUCACUCUUUUUUUCCUUCUUUUUCGUUAUCAAUCCAAACCAUUCAAUCCGCGCUUCAGUUGGCCACCAAAUUAAUCAAUUCUUGACUAUCACUCCUUGCUUUUUGCACGACUUUUCUAAUUGUGUGUAACUAGACCUAGCAAGCUAGCGACUAGUCAGGUAACUUGUAAAUGCGCUGAGGGUCGCAUUUAGCCGCCUCAAUUCAAAAUCGUCUUGUCAGUAUCCAGUCUUUGACAGAUCGCCAUUUCAGCCCUGUCAAUCUUCGAAUAGCCCCCUGGUAUCAAAACUUCAAGUCCGUUUCGAACCUUCUCCCUCUAAGCGCAGAUCCCGAAUAUUUCCUCGCCAGUCCUAAAUAAUUCUAUUCAAGCCGGCGAUUGAUUGGUAUUUUGGUCCGAUUGCCACCGUUGACACUCUUAAACAAUAUAGAGGCAUGUUUGCGCCGGCCGUCAGAUAGACGCAUGCAGACAAUCACCGAACAAAAGAAUACGUUAUACCCUCUCCAUCAAUUGUAAUUUCGCCGCUCCAAUCCAUUCGAGACUCCCAUCGCAUGCGUAAUCAUCGCUAGACACUCGGUAUUCAGUCCGCCCUAAAUAUUCCCAUGAUGCCUUCAGCUAGACGAGUACGCCUCCUUAUGAUGGUGGCACUAGCUGCCGUCAUCACCACCUUAUUUUUCACAUCACAAAUGCGAUCGACUAUUCCCCAUGAUAAUCGAACGGUGCAAGAUUUCUUUGGCAAGACCAUGAAUGGUCUAGGUCAUCAACAAGGCAGUGGGCAAGUAGUAAUGAGCGGCAAGGGCACAACUGUCGACUCGACAGUAAAGGACAAAGACGGAGAUGGAUCAGUAGACGAAGACGACGAACAAUUGGCAAAGGAGAUGUCCGACCGAUUACGAGCUGCCGAACAGAAAGCCAAAGAUUUAGCCAACGCGAAGGCACCUUUAAAACCAGAUGCGCCGAGCGAGGUUGUUGGUGUUGGAAGCUCUGCUGGGGGACAGAAGAAGGGUAGCAAGGGUUCCGGUACAGGGGCUGAGGGAGAAGAGGCGGAGUCCGACGAGGACCGCGAAGUCGAAGCAACCCUUAAUAACAUUCUUAAGAAAUCACCAGUUGUCAUCUUCUCGAAAACAUACUGUCCUUUUUCGAAACGAGCAAAGGGUCUUCUUCUUGAGAAGUAUUCCAUCGAUCCCGCCCCUUACGUCGUCGAGCUCGAUGAACAUCCCUUGGGUAAACAACUACAAGCAAAGUUGGGUGCCACAACCGGGCGCAGAACUGUACCUAAUAUCAUGAUUAACGGCAAGAGUGUCGGGGGUGGCGAUGAUAUUGCCGAGCUAGACUCGAGGAAGACCCUAAUCGAUAAGUUCAAGUCUAUGGGAGGAAAACGAUUAUCGAUGAAAGAGCGAUUCGUCGGGAAUGCGAAGGAGAAGCAAGAGUAAAAAUGACUACAAUCCAUCACAUCAAUAGCUACUUCAUCCCAGAAUAGGGCGAACUCGGGAACAUGGGAUAUGGAAAGCGGUAAUGUAAUUGGACCGCCGUGAUCUGCAUGUACGGCGUUGGGGGUUUAUUUCCUUGAUAAGUGCUAUCACAUUGGACAUUUUGGGUCUCGCACGCUAAGGACCAAGACGAGGUCUUGAAUCUUAGGUUCUAGAUCUGUUGCUCUAGGACGUUUCGGUGUAUAAUAAUAUGUCGAAGCACGUACAUGGCGUUGCUCGAACGCGUGUAUAUGCACUGGGCUUAAUUCGGAUGGGAUCAGUUGGUGGGACUUGUAGUUAUUAUACUUAACGCAGCCCACAUACUAUUUGAAGCAAAGAAUGUCCUCCU